UCCGGGAGAGUUGACAAAGCCCCGCAGGGAAGGACGCCUCGCGGCGCGCCGCCCCGGGCCCCGCGCCCCGCCGCCCCGGGACCCCGGCGCCGGCCUCUGGCCCCAAGACGCGAUCUCGCUGCCCACCCUGCCCCGCUCUCCGGCCCCGGCCCGAGCCGCCUGCGCCCAGGUAGCGCCGCGCCGUCCCGAGGCCGGGCCCGGGGGCGCGGGGCGGCGGGGUGCGGCGCCCGGGGCGGCGAUGACCGCCCAGCGCGCCCCGCGGGCCCGGCCCUGAGCCCCAACGCCCGCAAGCCCCGCCGAGGUCCGGACAGGCCGAGAUGACGCCGAGCCCCGCGUUGCUGCUGCUGCUGCUGCUGCCGCCGCUGUUGCUGGGGGCCCUCCCGCCGGCCGCCGCCGCCCGAGGCCCCCCGAGGAUGGCAGACAAGGUGGUCCCACGGCAGGUGGCCCGGCUGGGCCGCACCAUUCGGCUGCAGUGCCCCGUGGAGGGGGACCCGCCGCCGCUGACCAUGUGGACCAAGGACGGCCGCACCAUCCACGGCGGCUGGAGCCGGUUCCGGGUGCUGCCCCAGGGGCUGCGGGUGAAGGAGGUGGAGCGGGGGGACGCGGGGGCCUACGUGUGCAAGGCCACCAACGGCUUCGGCAGCCUCAGCGUCAACUACACCCUCAUCGUGACGGAGGACACCAGCCCAGCCAGGGAGAGCCCGGGGCAUGAGGGCUCCUCCGGAGGCCAGGAGGACCCAGCCAGCAAGCAGUGGGCGCGGCCCCGCUUCACGCAGCCCUCCAAGAUGCGGCGCCGGGUGAUCGCGCGGCCUGUGGGCAGCUCCGUGCGUCUCAAGUGCGUGGCCAGCGGGCACCCGCGGCCCGACAUCAUGUGGAUGAAGGAUGACCAGGCCCUGACGCGCCCCGAGGCCAGCGAGCACAGGAAGAAGUGGACGCUGAGCCUGAAGAACCUGCGCCCCGAGGACAGCGGCAAGUACACCUGCCGGGUGUCCAACCGCGCCGGCGCCAUCAACGCGACCUACAAGGUGGACGUCAUCCAGCGGACGCGCUCCAAGCCGGUGCUCACGGGCACGCACCCCGUGAACACCACGGUGGACUUCGGGGGCACGACGUCCUUCCAGUGCAAAGUGCGCAGCGACGUGAAGCCCGUGAUCCAGUGGCUGAAGCGCGUGGAGUACGGCUCCGAGGGCCGCUACAACUCGACCAUCGACGUGGGCGGCCAGAAGUUCGUGGUGCUGCCCACGGGCGACGUGUGGUCGCGGCCUGACGGCUCCUACCUCAACAAGCUGCUCAUCACCCGCGCCCGCCAGGACGACGCGGGCAUGUACAUCUGCCUGGGCGCCAACACCAUGGGCUACAGCUUCCGCAGCGCCUUCCUCACCGUGCUGCCAGAUCCCAAGCCGCCAGGGCCGCCCGUGCACCCCUCGUCCUCCACCACCAGCCUGCCGUGGCCCGUGGUCAUCGGCAUCCCGGCCGGCGCCGUCUUCAUCCUGGGCACUGUGCUCCUGUGGCUGUGCCAGGCCAAGAAGAAGCCGUGCGCACCCGCUCCCGUGCCCCCCGCGCCUGCGCACCGCACGCCGGUGACCACUCGGGACCGAGGCGGGGACAAGGACCUGCGGGUGUCCCCCGGCCUUGGCACCGCCGCCGGCGUGGGGCUGUGUGAGGAGCUCGGGGCCCCGGCAGCCCCCCAGCACCUGCUGGGUCCAGGCUCAGCGGCUGGCCCCAAGCUUUACCCCAAGCUGUACACAGACGUGCACACGCACACUCACACGCACUCACACACGCACUCACACGUGGAGGGCAAGGUCCACCAGCACCAGCACAUCCACUACCAGUGCUAGGUGGUGCCGGUGCUGGGGCUUUGGGUGCCCCGGGGUGGGUGCCCGGGGGCCAGGCUGGCAGACAGGCAGGGAGCAGAGGGCCGCGGUGGGGGGUGUGCACCGGGGAAGGGUGCAGCCAGCAGCCCGGGCGCCCUGGGCGAGGCGCAGCAUGCACGAGAGACCUCCACACACACACAGGCGUGCUCUGGGCACGCGGUGCUGGGCCGCUUGACGAGGGAAGCCCUUGGCCUGUGAGGAGGGUUUCACAGGGGCACAGUCGCCGCCCCUGCCUGGCAGGAGAUCUGAGAGACGCCCUGGCUUUGCAAACCAAAAACUCCCACCCCUGCCCCACGCCUGCCCGCCUGUCUCUGCCCAGGCCUCGGCAGGUGGGCGGCUAUUUUUGCCACCACCUGUCCUGGGUGUCCAGGAGUCCCCGCGCCCUGGGCCGGGGGGUCGGGGGAUCGGGCAUGGCCGUCUCGGGCCCUGUCCUGAGAGGCCGGAGCCCAGCUGGGAGUGACUCUGGUCACACCCACCUCCCACUGCCGGAGAGAAGAGGGCCUUGAUAUUUAUAUUUAUGAAAUUAAGAUAAUAUUAAUGAUGAAAGAGCAGGGCCACAGAGACCUGGCCUUCUGGGGGCCCAGGACCCACCUGGCCUCAUGGCCAGGCCGGGUGUCCACUCGGGGCCAGGCACCCAUCACCCCACUGUCCGAGGUGGCCCAGACCUCUGUAAUUUUAUAUAGAGUUUGAGCUGAAGCUUCGUAUAUUUAAUUUAUUUUGUUAAACAAGAAAACGUGCAUCCUUUUCCUCUAAA